AUGUCGGAUCCAGAUGCCACAGAAACUGCUGGAUAUUCGAUAACUGAUGAACAAGGGAAGGUAGUUCUUCUGCUAUUCUUAAUCGGUGGCAUAAUAUCACUGAUAGCAGCUACAUUUGGGAUUUUGGUGUUUUUUUAUAUAAGAUAUAAAUAUCCCCGAUUAGCUGACAGAGUUACGUUUCGACUUGCAUUGGUUACAAUGAUAUCAGACUUUUGUGUUUCUGGAUCUAUGAUACUCGGUUCAACCUUUGCAUUUCCCGGCCCAGUAUGUACAGCCACUACCUGGGGGUUGGUCUUUUUUAGUCUUUUAUCAAUUUUUUUGCCUACUUGUAUUGCCAUGAAUCUACAAAUCGUUUUCAUUCAUGGGUACAGGGGUAGAUGUAAAUUAGAAAUGUUUUAUUUCAUAGGUUCAUUCUCUUUAGCUUCAAUUCUAUCAUUAAUUCCAUUCUCUGAGAACAUGUAUGGUUGGGAUGUGCCCGAAGGUUUGUGCUUUUUCCGUGACUCGGGUACAAAAACGAGUAUUACAUGGCAAUGGGCAUCAUUCUACGCUUGGGAAUUACUUUGCAUAUUAUAUUGUACAAUAACAUUAAUUUGUGUUGCGGUGAAAUUAUACAAAGUGUCAAGUCAAUCAGUAAAUACUAAUAUUAGUGGUCAAACAGUGUCAAGUCGAUAUGAAAAGAAUAUUUUAAGGAACAAGGCUAUCAUAUCAUUAGUGGUCAAAAGGGUUAUAUGGUAUCCUGUUGUGCCUAUAAUAACUCAGGCACCAAAUUUUUUGGUUGAAACUGACAUUUAUGUUAACCAGAAAAUCAACUUUGUAUUUUUAGUGUUGGCUACUUUCAUCACAUUUCAAGGUUUUCUCAAUACCAUAGUAUUUAUGCAAGAUCUCGCGGUUUCUAGAGCUUAUAGAUUAACGAAAUUAAGUUGGUGGUAUAAUCACGUUAAUAAUUAUGAAGAGUUAUAUCCUCAUUUAUCACGUAAUAAAGCAUUUGAUCAAUUGGAUCUGACUAAUGAGAAUGAAGUAAAAAAUGGACUGCAGAAACAACCUUCUUUUGUCGAAAAUUUACGAUAUGAUUUGUUAACCUUAUUAUUUAGUAAACCAAAGGGAGACAAAAUGUUGAUUGAAUAUGAUCAAUUUAUGACGAUAAGAGAUGAUGAAGAAUUGUUAACACCACCAAUAAAUGAUAAAAUUGAUGAUGGUGCAAUAACAAAGGAUGAUGAUAGUACUCUCAAUAAGUUUAAUAAAAAUGUAUUAUGCAAACU